AUGGCGCUCCCACAAGCUGUGGCUACACUGGGGGUCGUGCUGGGCAGUCUGCUUAUUGUUCUUGUGUACAUUCUUUCCUACGUCACCAUUGACAUCCUGGCCAGGGCAAGCGAGCGCUCUGGGAAAUGGACUUUUGGCGAGCUGAUCAACUCAUACCUUGGCAGAGCAGGGUCCGAAACACUGCGAUUUUUCAUCAUCAUCAACAACGGAGGGCUGCUGAUCACCUACACCAUCAUGCUGGGAGAUGUCUUGGUGGGCAAGGCCCCUGAGUACAAUGGAGUCAUACCGAACCUGACUGGCAUUCAUACGGGCGACUUAUGGUCUCUGAAGUCUCUGGCCUGGGCGGGUGCUGUCGGCCUGUUCCUGGCGUUAGGCUUCUCGUCGCUGACAGUCGCGCUGGUGGUCCUGGCCGGGCUGCAGGGCCGGCUGGGCAACAUAUCCUGGCUGCCUAACCCAGACCUCACCGGCCCAGACCUGAAGGACAAAGUCCUGGGCGUAUUCUCCACUCUGCCUGUCAUCGCCCUGGCCUACGUGUGCCACUACAACGUGCACCCGCUGCUGCGGGAGCUCAAGGCAUACUCGCACAGGCGCUGGGCCAUCGUCCUCCACUGGUCUCUGGGACUCUGCACGGUCUUCUACGUCAUCAUUGGCGUGGGCCUGUACCUGGUCUUCCAGGAUGACACCCAGUCUGACGUCCUCCUGAACUUCAGUGUGGACUCUCUAGGGCCCCUCGUGGGCGACGGCGUGGCAGAGGCCAUCACUUACAUUGUGUGGCUGGGGUAUGCUUUCAAUCUGAUUGUCACCUAUCCCAUGAUCCAGUGGGGCCUGCGGGAGGUCAUUGCCGAGAUCGUGUUUGGCGCUCCAACAGUCUCGACUGUCCCGUGGGCGCUGAUCACCGUUGUAAUACUGGUUGUAACAUACGCCAUCGCCAUGGUCGUGCCCAACAUUUGGCCAGUCAUGACCAUCACUGGCGCGACGGCUGCUGUGGCGAUUGGCUGGAUAUACCCUGCCCUGAUCCUCAUGAAGACCGAGGGACCGAGGUCCUGGGCACGCAGGGCCGGCGCCACAAUUGUCAUCCUUCUGGGCCUCGUCACUGCUGUUGUGGCGGUGUGGAGCAUCCUGGGGCCCUAUGUCUCCAAGAUGUGGGGUCACUAGCUCCUGACGGGUUGGGGGACUAGUAGGGCUGGAAAGUUUGUGUGUUCCUUUAUGUACUUUGUGUAUCUGUUAUGAGCUGAUCAGAGCUUGUGAGGGCUGUUGCAUGUCACGAAGCUUGCCCAGUUGAAUUGGGCCAGUCAUCUCUGUCGCUCGCUCUGCCUUCAUGUCUGGUUUUCUUUUACAUGAGUUGGACAGUU